AUGACCAAGCUUCUGCCCCUGCUGGCCCUACUCGGGCUCAGCUCCGCGUCCUUCCCUGGAUCCUGCAAAUGCACACCAGGUGACACAUGCUGGCCAUCACAAGAAACAUGGGAUACGCUCAACAGCACCGUCUCAGGCAAACUGAUUCGCAACACCCCGCCCGCCAUAUCAUGUUAUCCUGGACCGUACCACAGCGAGGAGGAAUGCGCCUACGUCCACUCUCAAUGGUCCAAUUCUACAUUCCAGUCUCUCAAGCCGGUCGGGUACGUCUAUCCGACGGACGAUCCGUGUCCGCCGGUGGAUGUCAGCGCGGGGGAGAAACCAGGGAAUUGCACGCUUGGUCCGGCCCCUGUGUAUACGGUCAAUGCGACCGAGGUGGAGGAUCUCGUGGCGGGGAUGCAGUUUGCAAGGGAGAGGAAUCUGCGCUUUGUGGUGAGGAAUACGGGGCAUGAUCUUUUGGGGAAGUCGGAGGGAUACGGCGCGCUGCAAGUGUGGAUUAAGUAUCUGCGUAAAGGGAUCAGAAUUCAUGAUGUGUAUGAGCCUUCCAAGGCUGCAUUGUGCAGCAAGGCGAAGUGGAAUGGGACGGCGAUUACCAUUGCUGGUGGGUAUGUCUGGGACGACGUGUACAAGCUUGCGUUUCCGCGAAACCUGACGGUUGUUGGCGGAGGAGAUCCGACAGUCGGCUGCAUCGGUGGGUACAUCCAAGGAGGCGGACACUCUCCAGCAAGUCGCGACUACGGACUCGCAGCCGACCAGAUCCUCGAAGCCCAAGUCCUCCUGGCCAACGGCACCACCGUCACAGCCAGUCCGUGCCAGAACUCCGACCUGUAUUUUGCGAUCCGAGGCGGCGGCGCAGGAACAUACGGCAUCGUAACCUCGGCCACUAUCAAGGCCUAUCCGUCCAAGCCGGUCGUCGCUCAAUCGCUCACGAUCUCACCCUUAACCAAGAAUCUAGACCCUCUUCUCGAAGCAGUCACUGACAUUCACGCCGCAUACCCCCAUAUCUCAGACGCCGGAUUCUCUGGCUACGGAACCUGGUCGAUCAACAGCCACAGUGCGAUUGUCGGGAACUCAACCGUCGGCUAUGUGCAUGCUAUCGCAGCAAUGGGUGUUUUGCUCUCCGAGGCAAAGGCCUCAUUUGCGUCUAUUCUGAAAUCACUGCAGAAAUACAACGGCACAUCGCUUUUCGUCACGGUCACUUGGUUCGAAUUCCCCAGCUACCCAACCUACUAUAUGACGAUGUCCGGCGCGCAGAUUUCCGGAGGGAAUGGAAACUCGGCCAUGACGUCUCGCAUGUUCGAUAAGAAAGCUCUGACGUCUGACCGCGCCGCUUUGCGUGAGAUGGUCGGCGUGGUGGCUGGUACUCGCGAGGAAUCCACAAUAAUGAGCAUUGAGCUCAAUGGUGGAGGAAAGGUCUUCGACCACGACCCGCUAUCGGGUCUGAGCCCGGCCUGGCGAUCGACGUAUAUGGUAGAAGUUGUCUCGCGAGGCUGGUCCGAAGAUGCGGAUGAGAAGACCGCAAAGGCCGUGAAGGCCGAUAUCUCGUAUAAGAAGAACUGGGCGAUGCGGAAGCUGACACCCUUUUUGGGGAGCUAUUUGAACGAGGCGGACCGCAACGACCCUCUCUGGGCGACGGACUUCUAUGGAGUACAUUAUCUACCCCUGACGAUGAUCAAGAGAAAGUAUGACCCCGAGGACUUCUUUUACUGCCCGACUUGCGUGGGGAGUACGGGAUGGUACCAGCGGUUUCUGCCGCAUAAGGACUAUGGUCCGCUUUGCUCGACGGGGCUGUAA